CUGAACUUUUAUGGGUAAGGUUUUGUUUUUGUUUUUUUUCCAGUCUCCUUUUAUUAUUCCUCUUUGGUUCAGAGUUAACUAAGUAUAUCUUGAUAUAAUGUGUCAUGGUUUCCUGUGUAAUAGCCCUCCCUAACUGUUCUGGAACAUUCACUUCAUAGACCAGGCUGGCCUCGAACUCACAGAUAUCCCCCUGCCUUUGCUUCCAGAGUGCUGGGAUUAAAGACAUGCGCCCCCACUUCCCAGCUGAGGUUUUAGGGUUUUGGUUAUGUUUUAAGAAGACCUUUUCUGUAUAACACUUCUGGCACAACUGGCAUAUGGCAAAAUAAUCCUUGUCACUGGACUGCAGUUGGUAGGUUUGUGUCCAGCAGGGAUUUCCGGCAGCGUGAAGCUCCACACGGCAUCCAGCUCCAUUCUGGCCUCUAUUGUCCUCUUCAGGAGAGGGAGACAGUGAAAAAGCUCUGCCCUUGUUCUCCAGAAGAGCGAGGUCAGGUUGGGGGAGCUAGAGACCUAGCUAGAGACCAGUGUGGAACCGAGAGACGACGCACACAUGAGGUGACUUUGUGAUUAGAAGUUCAGAGGUGAGGGAUUAGUUAAUGAAGUUGGGAAGUAUAUUCCAGGCUUACAGAAAAUAUUACAAAAUGCCAAAUUAUGAAAAAUAAGUUGUUGUAGAAAAUGAUGUACCCAGGGACACCUAGGACACAAAGCUUGUGUGGAACGUUUGAAUUUUUGCUCCAAUACUCAGGCUAGCAAAGAACUUCAUUGUCUUCCUGCCCCGCCACAGUGCUGGGAUUUCAGGCUUACACUACAAGCUCAGCUCAGAGUAGGAUUUUUGAUAAGGGAGGUGGGAAAGCACAGUAGGUAGCCCUGUGACAGCAGAUAGAUGGCCAUCACUGAAACUGAUCACUGGUCAGUGACGGCAGUCCAAGGAGCGCCUGGUAAGGUCACAGGGAUGAGAGGGGCCGGAAGUGGUUUCUAAGGCCUGUUACAGGAGUGCACAACGCUUAGGAGUUUGACUGGGAUGAUGUUUAAAGAAGUAAAGUGCCCAACGAUGACACCGUCUCGUGGGUGAAGACAGCAGAAGAACAGCAGCUGGAGACGGUGUGAGCUGGUGGCUGGGGUCACCUGGCGGAGCCAUGUGCAGGGUUUGAGAAUUUGAUUGAUAAAGUGACUUUUGAAAAACUAAAAGGACUUGUUUUGAGAAGAAGUUGGGAAGUAUAUUCCGGGACUAUAGAAAAUAUUACAAAAUGCCAAAUUAUGAAAAAUAAGUUAUUGUGGAAGACGUUGUACCUUGGGGAUAUAUAAGACAUAAAGUUUACCUUUAUAUCUCCACACAGCCCUGGCUGUCCUGGAAUUCACAAGAUGCACCUGCCUCUGCCUCCUGAGUGCUAGAUUAAAGGAGUAAACCACACUUGGCUCUAAAAUGACUUGUUUAUGCCUAAAAAUGAGAAUCUGAAAUCUGGCAUUCUUGAAUUUCUUGAACUAUUGGAGGAUCUUACAGCUAGGCUGUAUCCUGUACAAGAGUGCAGCAGAGCUGGGAAAGUGCGGUGGCAUCCUUUAGAUGGGAAAUAAGAUCAAGAUUGCAAAAUGUCCUUUAAGAAUAAAACAGACUGGACACAUUCUAAGAUCAACACAGAAUUCUUACACUGGGAGUGAAAACGUUUUUCAAAAGAAGAUAAUCAGUUCAGAAACUUCACAGGCAAGAUCUGAGAAAAGCAGAUUGCCGUUUUCACCGUCUCAGGGUUCAUGUCAGCAGCAUGCAGAAAAAGACUGUCUUCAUUUCCCGAAAGAGUCUUCACCUGCAGCCUCCACCGUCCAGAAGAUUAUAAACACCGCAGAUAAAUGCCGAGUGGCUCAACAGAAGCCUUGCAAAACACAUGUCAGCGAAAACAUGAACAGCAGCAUGGUGUGUCUAACCCAAGACCAACUACAGCAGAUUUUGAUGAGUGUGAGCCAAGGAAGUGGAUCUGUGUCCCUAGCUGAAAAUGGGAAGGAGGAGAAAGCAAGCCAAGACAGUUUCCAGUUGAUCAGUGUCCCUAGCCAGCCGAAGGGUGUGAAUGCCACAGGGUCACUGCAGAAGACGGAGGCCGUCUCACCUGUCUCAGAUGAAGGGAAGUGUGUCCUCGGUAGAGCUCAAGAGGCCCUUCAGCAGUGUGAGCAGAAAAUGGCCAUAGAGAAUGAGUGGAAGCCAGCUGACAUAUUCAGUACUCUGGGGGAACGGGAGCGCGAUAGAAGUUUGUUGGAAGCCAGAAGAGUGCAGUGGAAGAAAGAGCUUGAUGAACAGGUUGCCUUAAAAAAGAAAGAAAAAGAAGCUUCUCAAAAAUGGAACGAUCCUUGGACAAAAUCUGAACUAGAAUGUGAGAAACUUCACAUCCUUGACCAGUCUAAGGGCGAGGAACAUGACAGAUGGGCAGUGCACUUUGAUUCCUUAACGAGCCAUGCUGGCUCUCAAUCUCGGCUGGCCUGUCAGCGGACGCACCAACCCCUGGAGUCCUGUUGUGUCUCUCCUGACACUCAGGAGCUGGCUGAUGGCCACAGUGUUUACACACCUCCACUUGCCAUCCAGCUGGACCCUUCAGAAGAACAGAGAGCCAAACCUGUCACGGAUAUGACUGUGUCAUACAGUCAGAAAACAAACUUUCUCCGUUCUAUGACUGCGCUCUUGGACCCAGCACAGAUUGAGGAGCGGGAAAAACGCCGGCACAAACAAUUAGAGCAUCAGAAAGCAAUCAUGGCUCAGGUAGAAGAGAACCGCAGGAAGAAGCAACAGGAAGAAGAACAGAGAAAGAAGGAAGAGCAGGAAGAGGAGCAGCGCUUGGCUCGGGAACGGGAGGAGAUGCAGAGGCAAUACGAAGAGGACAUUCUGAAGCAGAAACAGAAAGAAGAAAUCAUGACUCUAAAGACAAACCAGCUGUUCCACACCAUGCAGCGCGCUCAGGAGUUGGCGCAGAGACUGAAGCAGGAGCAGAGGAUCCGAGAACUGACUCAGAAAGGACAUGACACAUCCAGGCUGAUUAAGAAUCUUGGCGCAAUAGUGGAUUAUAAGGCGUCCACUACCAUUUCCAGUUCAGGAAGAGAUGCUGAGGAGGCUGCUGAAGAAACCCGUGCAGCUACCCCUUCCACAAACUCUCCCAGGACGGACAUUGGCGUGCAGACAGAUGACUUAAAUUUGGGAAUUUUCAUCAAUGAGCUACAACACUGUGGAUCAUUAACAGAAAGGGGCACUAAAAACUUUUCUUCUCCAGAGAUUUCUACAGAGUUUAAUGGACAUACUAGCACUAAAAAAGACAAGCAAGAACUAAGUAUUGCUAAAGGCACUAAUUUAGACAAAGAAACCAGCUGGCAUAAUGGCCAGUGUAAUCAGUACAGAAGAACAGAGAAACAAACAAAACAUAGUAUGAAGAAAUGUCCUAAAAAGCCUGCUUGGAAUAUAAACAAGCCUCUGAAAAGGUAUGUCCCUGCAUCAGCAAGGUACCCCAUCCAUCUCCAAAAGGAGAAAGAAGAAAAAAAGUUAAGAAGGCAGAUGGAGCUGCUUCACUUACUAGAGAGAAACAACCCUGAGAACCUCUCCCAAAAUAGAGGCCCUUCCCCACAAGUUCUUGCACCAUCUCAUCGAGAAACUGAGUCAGAGAACAGGUUGCAGCUAAUCAAAAAGGCAGAAGAACCUCUGAAAACUUCAGAUAUUAAAGAAUGGUUCCAGUUAUCAGCAAUAAAGAGUAGAACUCAGCAAACUCAGACUGAUUCAGUACACUCGCCAUUAAAAAAUAGUGACUAUGAAAAAGAGAACCUGGCCUUAGGAGACGGUCAAACUCAGUUAUCAGAGGAGAUGUCUGAGACAACUCACUUCAUUCCCUAUGUUCGAACAAAUGAGAUCUAUUAUCUUGAUCCGGACGCACCUUUGUCUAGGCCAUCAACCCAAGAGAACCAAUACCAAAAAUCUCAUGACUGUGACCAACAACAAGAGCUAUUUAACUCUGACCAUACCAGGGAUCCACUUCUUAAUCCUAAAUUGGUGAAAAACAGGGAUCGACAGCAAGCUAUCCUUAAGGGGCUUUCAGAAUUAAGACAGGGUCUUCUCCAGAAACAAAAGGAGCUGGAAACGAAUCUCAUACCCUUAACUGCAAACCAAGAAGAUAAUUUUAGUUCUUCAUUUUAAAUAUGCUCACCACUCAACUGCAUUUUCCAAGCACCCAAUGAAAAACUUCACAUUAUGUAAG